UCCUUCCCAUCUCUCUCCUUCUUCUCCUCUCUCUGCAUCCCUCCAUCAUCCUCCUACCUCCAUGUUGUCUCCUUGUCCAGCCUCUUCUCCAGCUGUACGUCCUGCUUCUGUUCAUCUUUCUCCUCUUUUUUCUUCUGCUCCUCUUCCUCCUCAACACUUUUCAGCUUGUCCUCCUCCUGUCUCUUCUCCUCCUUCAGUAUUUUUCACUCCUCCCCCUCGUCAGACUCCUACCAUUUCUCUGUCUAGCUCCUCUCCUCCUGUUUCGCCAUCCCUCUUUUGUCCUCCAUCUUGUUCUUCUUUUCAUCUUUCUCCUCCUGCUGCUCCUCCUCCUGCCCCCUGCUGCCCCUGCUCCGCCCUCCUGCCCCGCCUCCUGUCGGCUCACCGCUUGGAGAUGCGUCGCCUCCUGCGAGGAGCCGUGGCUUCACUCAGCCGUCGUCUGGACGCUCUGGAGAGGAGGAGCAGGAGGAAGAGGAGGAGGAGGCCGACAGAAAGCUCCUCCCACUACAAGUGUACCCCCGCCCCCCUCCAACCUUCAUCAUCAGACAGCGAGGAGUCGGCCACGCCUCCUCUGUCCCUCGCCCAAUCACAGCAGAGGAGGAAGAGAAGGAGGACUCACAGAGAAGGGGAGUUUCUAGAAAACAGACAAGAAGAAGAAGAGGAGGAGGAUGAUGGGAGGUUUGUGGGGAGGAUGGCAUUCUCCUUUAGAGGAGGAGCAGAGGAGGAGGAGGAGGCGCUGCUGACGCUGCACAACUACACCCAGAAGAAACGCAGAAGAAGACAGGAGGGAGGAGCCAGCCAAUCAGAGAAGGCCAUUGGUGUCAUCAUCAGGAAGAACGGCUGUAGAGCACCGCUGCUGCCACGCAGCAUGCCCCGCCCCCCUUCCCAGCGUGCCGUGCACAUCCUCCAGUCAGCUCACUGCGGCCUGACCUUCAACCAAUCAGGGGCCUUCAGCAUCUCCUCUGGUCAAUGGUGUUUCUCUGGCUUGGCCCCUCCCCUCUCCCGCUCCUCCAAUCACAGUGCUUCCUGCCUGUGGCUGUGCUCCUCCUCUUACUCCUUUAACCCCGCCCCCAUGCUGCGCCUGUCAGCAGCUGCCGUGGAGACGUUGUUGGAGUCAGUGAGGGGCAGAGCUUGUUCGAGUCCCCUGCGGCCCCUGAGGGACUGGACGGCCCCGCCCAGUCUGAGCAGCGAUCACUGUUACGUUCGAGCCUCCACUUCGAGCUCAGCUUUUCCCGUCCGAAGACAGCAGAAGCAGCGAGCCAAUCACAGUGCUCAGAGCCUCCGCCUGCCCCGGCGACGAGCCCCGCCCCUCCCUGCGUGUUCAACCAAUGGACUGCCUGUUGCGCUCCCUGUUGUCCAAUCAGUGGCCGGCUCAGAGUUUCUCAGCAACAAUGGAGAGCGAAGUAAACGAGUGUCACAGAUCCGAAUUCGCCGGGCAUCGCCUCGAGAAACGCCGCUCACACCGAUGGGCCUGCCGAAGGUGAAAAGAUUAAAGAAGAAAGAGUUCAGUUUGGAGGAGAUUUACACCAACAAGAACUACAGAAGCCCCUCCCCAAACAGGAGUCUGGAGACGAUCUUCGAGGAGCCGCGGGAGAAGGACGGCGGGCUGCUCCUGAUUGGUCAGCAGAGAAGGCGCCGGCUCCUCCUCUUCCCUGACUUCACUCAGCCCAGAAAGAGGAAGAGGCCACAAGGGGUGGGACUUCCUGUUGCCAUGGCGCCGAGGAAACGGGCUGCGGCCCGACGUCAUUGCCACGGUGACGCUGAUGACGUGGACCUGGACGUGAUGCUGGUGGAGCGACUGAGCGCGCUCGAAGACUUUCUGACACGACAGGGCCUGGAGGUGUGACAUCACUUCCUGUCAGCUGACUGAAGGCCAAAUGAACAGAGCUGCUAGCAUGGCUGCUAAUCGCUGUUACCACGGUGACUGCGUGUGUAGGGUUUACUUUUUUUUGCAGUGUAUGUGAUGUUUUUAAUUUUUUACAGUGUUGGAUGGUGAAAUGUGAAACUUCUGGAAUAUUUAAUAUUUUAAUGCUGUUUACAGACCACGCCCCCUGCACGAGGCCACACCUCUUAUAUAAGGCCACGCCCUUCUGGGACAGUUUUUACUUUAGUCCAACACACACACACACACACACACACACACACACUCACACACACACACACAUCACACAACUGUCUCUGUAGUACUCUGCCAGUACUGAGUAGUACUGCUGGCCCGGGGCGGUUUUAGACUGUAAUAUAUUUUUCUGAUAAGAAUGUGUCUAUUUUUGAACAAAUAAAGUUUCUGCUCACAUAGA